AUGUCGAGAUACGGCUGGUCCAUCGGCCGCGAGCAACUCUCCCCUUACGGUGGCAUGUCGAGCAGUGUGCCCAACGUUACCGACGAAGACUUUAGCUACAUCACUUCGCAAGACCUCGACGAUGCUUCCUACUACCCCAGAUCGGCCUCGGCCGCCCCGCCGGCUCCCGAGGACGACGUGCUCUUGAUCAAGAACAAGGGCAUUACAUACCCCGCACAUUUCCCUGCUUACGCCAUUGGUGACGGAAAGCUGCGCGUGUUGGACGUCAAAGAUCGAGUCUCCGUGUUGAUGGACAUUUCGCCCCGGGCUGCCCGUCGUGUUAAGCUCCUCUACAAGGGCCGGCAUCUCAAGGACCCCGUCGCUCCCGUUAGAGAGUAUGGCGUCAAGAACAACAGCGAAUUGAUGGCUGUGCUUCCCGAGAUCGACGAGCCCAGCAGCCCGUCAGAAGAAGAGAUGGUCAUCGUGGAUGCACCCCGAGAAGACAGCAGGUCGCGCAACAAGAAGAAGAACAAGAAGCGCAACAACAAGAAGAAGGGUGACGCCGACGGAAGCUCUGCUGCUGCCAGCAGCCCUCGUGGUAGCAGCUCAACCUUGGCAACUCCCAAGUCCCCGCCGCCCACAGAUCUCACUGGUCCAAUGAAGCAGCUCCACGAUCUGUCGACCGAGUUUGCUACCAAAUGGCUGCCAAUGUGCGACGAGUUCACGGCCGCGCCGCCCUCCGACCCUAAGAAGUGCGAGGACGAGCACCGAAAACUGUCGGAGACGAUCAUGCUGCAUAUCGUGCUGAAACUGGACGGUGUGGACAGUGAGGGAAAGCCCGAGGUCAGGGCCAAGAGAAAGGAGCUGGUCCAGCAAGUCCAGGCGGCGUUGAAGCGACUUGACGUUGCGAAGGAUUCAUCAUAG